GAAAAAUAUCUCUGGCAGCAAGAUUCUACCGGGGAGGAGAGAGAUUUAUGUGUAUUUUUAAAACAAAUCUGUUAACAAACUUGUUUUUUUUAGAUAGUCGACGUCUUCCUGUGAAUAAUCAGCGUAUUAUGCUACACACGGAGGCUUGUCUUGCAGAAAAACGCGAUGUUGGGAGAGCACUUGUUUUGGUGUUUUGCUAGCUCAGUAACAACCUCAUCAUCUGGGUAACGUAGACUUCACUUUACAGCGAGAUUUAGCACGGGAGUAAAUAAAUAUAUAUAUUUAAUUAGAUAGAUGUGUAGCCGUAAACAUCGUAUUCAAUUGCUAAUGUUUCUAAGCUUAACGAACAAAAGCUGAUGACGUCAACAGCGCUCACGACCAGCCUGUUUUAACCCAAUUUAAAAAUAAAAUAAAAUAGUAAAUUAAAAGAUUAAUUUGCGAAUAAUUCUCGCUAAAAAUUGGUUAUGCACCUCGGACGUGUUUAGAUAUAGAUCACAAGUAGACUGCUAUUGUAUUAUAUUAUAUAUUGUUUUCAGAAAUAUAUAGCGUGAUUUAACAGUUUUAUUUAUUUAACAUUAAAACUAAAUAUGUCUAAAUGUAUACACAGUAGAUAAAGAGAUACUUUCCCCCUCAUAAUAUCUACCGUAUUAUUUCUAUUGUAUUGUUUUUAGGUUCAAACUGACUUUAUUAUGUAAAUUUAGUCUGACUUCCGGUCAGCCACUUCCGGUUUAUUUUCGGGUUUAUAUUAUUAGUUUUUUUUUCACCUUCAAAGAUAACAUUACUAGAAAAUAUAAUUUUUAGUUUAUUUAAAGUUAAUUAAGUUCUAAAUAUAAAUUUAUUGCUACUAUUGUAUUGUUGUUACGUUCAAGCUUCCGGUUAAUAAUUAAUUAGUUAAUUAUUUUUUCCCAACCCCCCAGGAGAUAAAAUUACCACACAAUAUAAUUUUAUUGAAGUAAUUUUUUAAAGAUGAAUAACUGCUAAAUAUAAAAUUGUUUUUAUUACUAUUAUAUUGUUAGGUUCAAACUGGCGUUAUUACAUAAUUUGUCCGACUUCCGGUCAAUUACUUUCGGUUAAUAAAUGAUUUAGUAACUUAUUUUUUCUACCCUCAGGAGAUAACUUCUAAAUAAAAAUUUGUAAAAAAAAAUAAAUAAUAAUAAUAGUAAUAAAAAACAAAAAACAAGCUAAGCUGUUAAAUUGGUACAAACUGGAAAGUUUUAGUUUUUUCAAGAUAUUUAAUGUUGGAAAAAAAUGAUAAAUUAAACAUUUUUUUUUUAAGUAUUACACAUUGAAUACAUAAAUAAACUUGCUUCAAUUAUUUCUACAUUUAUGUAUUCAGUUUAAUAUUGAAUUAAAAAGAUAUAAUUUGUGGUUUCAUUUGAUGGAAGUUACGCUCAUCGGCUAACCUAAAAUAUCAGUUGCCAUGACAACAAAUCCAGUCAAGGGUUAGCUACAAUAAUAAAUCUAAAUAUUAAAUAAAUCUUAAUUAAAUGAGGAUUAAGCUAGCCAAGUGUCACCUUCUUUACAGUUUGUUCUCUAUUCAGUAGUUACACUCUCGAUCAAUUAGCGCUACGUCUAGCUAAACAUUUAGUUUGUUAACUAUCUCUAAUUCUGCAUUUUACGUUCUCAUUUAUCCGUUGUGAAAAAGCACUACCAAGUUAUUCUAGUUGUACCACAUUUCUUUUUGUCAUUUGAUUUCUUAGAUUGUUUGUUUAGCUGCUUUAUCGAUCGUUUAAAGCUAACAUCGCUAACAAAUCAAGCAGAAGUCUUGUAUGUAGAAUAUAAAGAAAGGUACAACCUGUACCCGUGUCCGAAUUAUUAUUAUUAUUAUUAUUAUUAUUAUUAUUAUUCUUUCUUAUUUCCUUUGUUUAAAUGUGGUGGAUAGUUCUAUAUUCACUAUAACACGUUAUCUUUAAAAUAAAAUAAUAAAAAAAAACAAGUCAAGUCUGUAACAAACAGUUCAAUCAACAAGGCUGACUGACUCAAUUAAAUUCUGAAUUGUAUUUUGGUGCUCUGAAACACUCCUCUUGAAUUCGCUGACAUAUCCUGAUCGAUAAAAAUGUUAUAAUGAAUUGAUCUGGAAGGUUUAGGGUGACCGGUUAAUCCUCUGGUACAGUUUUUUUUUCCCUUGAGUAAGUAGACGUUCCUUUGGGUCACGUCCUCUUCCUCCCGUGACGUCAGUAGUUUAGAGGCAAAAUGAGUGGCGUCGGAGAUAAGGGUGUAAACGGGGCGCUGGUCUGUCAGGAGAGUUACGCGUGCGGCGGAUCGGACGAAGCAGCCUACGAGUGCGAUGAAUGCGGCAGCUUGCAGUGCACACGCUGUGAGCUCGAGCUGCACCGCCAGGAGCGCAUGCGCAACCACGACCGGGUCCGAAUAGCGCCGGGCCACGUACCGUUCUGUGACCAAUGCAAAGGACACGCAGGCAGCCCGCCUAACGGCUCCCGGCACAGGGCCGUGGUGCGCUGUCAGGGCUGCAAGAUAAAUUUAUGCCUGGACUGUCAGAAGCGGACGCACAGCGGCGUGAGCAAGAGGAAACACCCGCUGAUCGCUUACCCACCAUGCAAAGCACCUGAAAAGAACCCUACCGCUGGUGAUGAAGAAGCAGACGAUGGGAAAGCUCAGCUGGAAAAAGUGCACAGCUUCCUUCUGGUGGAUGAGAAAGAGGAAAUGCAGGUAAAGGACGCAGACGAGUUCGUCAGUAGACUAGGUUGCGCCCCAGAUGAACUUCUGAAGGUGGUGUCCAUCUUCGGUAACACAGGCGAAGGCAAAUCCCACACCCUCAACCACACGUUCUUCAGAGGCCGGGAGGUGUUCAGGACUUCUCCUACGCAGGAGUCCUGCACGGUGGGCGUGUGGGCGGCCAUGGACCCGCUCCACAGGGUAGUGGUCGUGGACACCGAGGGCCUCCUGGGAGCCGGAACUAAUCAGGGCCAGCGCAUUCGUCUCCUUCUGAAGGUCCUGGCCGUGUCUGAUCUGGUGAUUUACCGCACACACGCCGACCGGCUGCACGACGACCUCUUCAAGUUCCUGGGCGACGCCUCGGACGCGUAUUUGAAGCAUUUCACCAAGGAGCUGAAAGCCACCACGGCCCGGUGCGGUCUGGACGUGCCACUUUCCACGCUGGGCCCGGCUGUCAUCAUCUUUCACGAAACCGUCCACACCAAAUUACUGGGCUCAGACAAGCCCUCCGAAUCGGCAGAACGUCUUCUCCAGGAGCGUUUCCGCAAGCUUGGCCUCUACCCCGAGGCAUUCAGCUCUAUCCAGUACAGAGGUACUCGAACCUACAACCCUCCGACUGACUUCAGCGGUCUGCUGCGGAGCGUGGAGCUGCAGCUGGACAACACCACCACACGCUCUCCACGCACCGCCAGCGUCAUCUACAAAGCCCUCAAUGCCCUGAGUGAGCGGUUUAGUGGUGAGAUCCCUGACGAGCACCUGUCCAGUAACUCCUUCUUCCCUGAUGAAUAUUUUACCUGCUCCAGCAUCUGUCUGAGUUGUGGCUCAGGCUGCAAGAACAGCAUGAACCACCUGCGGGAGGGCGUGAGCCACGAGGCCAAGCACCGCUGCCGCUACUCCGCCCAGUACGACAACCGCAUCUACACCUGCAAGGCGUGCUACGAGAGCGGUAAGGAGGUGAUCGUGGUUCCUAAGACCACAGCGUCCUCAGACUCGCCCUGGUUUGGUUUGGCCAUUUAUGCCUGGUCUGGGUAUGUGAUUGAGUGUCCAAACUGUUCAGUGAUCUACAGAAGCAGGCAGUACUGGUACGGGAACCAGGACCCGGUGGACACCGUGGUCCGUACUGAAAUACACCACGUUUGGCCAGGGUCGAACGGGUUCUCGAAGGACAACAACAACGCUGCACAGAGACUACUGGACGGAGUGAACUACAUGGCCCAGUCCGUGUCUGAGCUGAGCGUCAAGCCCGCCAAAGCCGUCACUUCCUGGCUCACCGACCAGAUCGCCCCGGCUUACUGGAAACCCAACUCGCUCAUACUCACCUGCUCCAAGUGCGGCGAGGUGUUUAACGAUAGCGAUACGAAGCACCACUGCCGGGCAUGCGGAGAAGGCUUCUGUGACGGCUGCUCGUCUAAGAGCAGACCCGUACCCGAGAGAGGAUGGGGUCUGGCCCCUGUCAGGGUGUGUGACGCCUGCUUCCAAAACCGAGGAAUCCCAGAGGGUGAGAAUAUGGACACGCAUACAGAGCUGUUGGACGCUGCUUUGGAGGAGGAGGAGAGCGGGACGCUGAUCGCCAGGAAAGUGGGAGAGGCCGUACAGAACACUUUAGGAGCCGUGGUCACUGCCAUAGACAUCCCUCUGGGACUGGUUAAAGAGGCAGCGCGGCCGGCGUACUGGGUUCCCGACCAGGACAUCCGUUGCUGCUCUCAGUGCCAGCGCGAGUUUAACGCCCGUCUCUCCAUCCAUCACUGCCGGGCCUGUGGACAGGGCGUGUGUGACGGCUGCUCACCCGACCGCCGCGCCGUCCCGUCCCGCGGCUGGGAUCAUCCCGUACGAGUGUGUCUCGCGUGCAACCAGAAACCCGGAGACCUUUAGCAGGACCGGAUUUCCGACACCGCGGACCGGGUCCGAGCCGCGUCAGAGGAGAAGCUGUGCGCGCCAGUCGGCACCUCUCCGGUCAAACAGAGACUCAAGUAUCGUGUUUAAUUUGCAGCUUAAAUUAAUUAUUUCUUUUCUCAUGGGAGAAUGUUAUUUUGACAAUCCGUUAUAUGAUCCCUAAUACAUACACAAUCAUAUCCGCAUCACAUCCACCGUUACAGUCUGCAUGAAUCCAGGGAAUCUUUGUACUGUAACGAUGGGCGGGACGCUGGCAGGGCAGGCCUUAGGACGCCGCUUCGUCGCUCGUUCUGCUUCUUAACGUCUUCCCCCACAAGGAGAAAUCUCUUAGUUUUGUUUUGGUAUUCAUAUCCUUGUUACAUUAUGUCCGUUUGAAUUAAAAUUAUUUCCCUGUUACAGAGGAGGUUAUACACUAUUAUUAUUAUUACUAUAAGUUUAAUUUGAACAUUUUUUUUUUAUUUCCUUUAACACACAACCACUACCUUCUUCACACAGCGCAGCGAAUACACUCCAUCACUUUCAGUAGUGACCUGUGGAACACGUGCCAAAACUGGACUCGCCAAAAAAAAAAAAAAAACAAGACUGAGUGGUUGUGCAUUUAAAUUUGUUAAGACACAGCGAGACGUAGUGACUGCAUGCUGUACUUGUUCAUAUUCAUGUUCCUGGGCCUUUCAAGAAAUGUGAGGAAGUUUUGGCUCAUUUUCUGCAUCUCACUACUGAAGUGAUGCGUGCGCGUGUGUGUGUGUGUGUGUGUGUGUGUGUGUGACUGUAAUUGUAUCUUCUGACAAUGGCGUGAGCUCCUCGUUGUAUUCCUCAGGACGUCAUCCUGCACAGUAAUUCGGAAAACCCGGUUUUAAUCUGUGUUAUUUCAGUUUGCUUUUAUUUAUCAUCACGUUGUACAAGAUUCCAGUAAGAUCUCGUCCAGCUCAGAGUUUAUUAUGACAAGGGAGCUUCUGUUAUAGAAAAAUCACCCUCUUAAGUGUAAUCUAUCACUCGUCAUCAGACUGUACGAUGUAUAGAAAA